CCGCCGGGGGCUGCGGGGAGCGACCCCCCUCUGUCCGUCCCGUCUGGCCCGUCCCGAACCGUCCCGAACCGGCGGGGAGACUUUGCCGAGGGCGCCCGGCAGGGGGCCCGGGGACAGAUCAGAUAAAACUACAGAUGACACGGCCAAAGUCAAGACAACGCACGAACUGAUGAGAAACAACAUUGCCUUCUGAGAACAUUAGCUUCCUAGUUGCUGGAAAUCCUAAGUGCAACUUUACUACCAAAAGAGACCCUGACAUUAUGUGAUCAUUGAGCAGAGUUUGCAAGAAUGGAAAAGCAAAGGACCCCACUGGCUGUAUCACAUAAAUAACAAUUUCAGAGAUUCAGCUGAAUCGAAAAAUUAGUCCAGCCAUGGGAGAAAAUGCAAGUUUUUGGGAGAGCUUGAUAUAUGCACAUCCUACGUGCGCCACCUGGAAGCAAGAGGCAGAGGGAUCUAUCUACCACCUAGCUAGUAUUCUCUUUGUUGUUGGCUUCAUGGGUGGAAGUGGAUUCUUUGGGCUUCUCUAUGUCUUCAGUUUGCUUGGAUUGGGCUUUCUCUGCUCUUCUGUUUGGGCUUGGCUGGAUGUCUGUGCUGCUGAUAUAUUCUCCUGGAAUUUUAUACUGUUUGCUAUAUGCUUCGUACAGUUCAUUUAUGUUACCUAUCAAGUUCGGAGUGUUUCCUUUGACAAAGAAUUCCAGGAACUCUACAGUGCUCUCUUCCAGCCUCUAGGAAUUUCCUUAACUGUUUAUAGGAAGAUUGUCUUGUGCUGUGAUGCAGAAGUGGUUACCCUGGAGAAGGAGCACUGUUACGCUAUGCAAGGCAAAACACCUAUUGAUAAACUCUCCUUGCUUGUAUCAGGCAGGAUCAGAGUGACAGUUGAUGGGGAGUUUCUGCAUUAUAUUUUUCCUCUUCAAUUUCUGGAUUCUCCUGAAUGGGAUUCACUGAGGCCCACAGAAGAGGGAAUUUUCCAGGUAACGCUUACAGCAGAGACAGAUUGUCGAUAUGUGGCCUGGAGGAGAAAGAAGCUGUACUUGCUCUUUGCUAAGCACCGUUUCAUCUCACGCCUCUUCUCAAUUUUAAUCGGGAGCGACAUUGCCGAAAAACUGUAUGCUCUGAACGACAGGGUGCACGUGGGGAAGGGGUUUAGGUACGACAUUCGCUUGCCAAACUUCUACCACGUUUCGCUCCCUGAGACGCCCCCGGUGCCACCUCCGCGCCGCUUGCAGAGGAGGUCCCCCGGGCGGCUGCGGCCGGGGGUCCCAAACUGCAACUCCUCCAGGAAGCAAUAGCGGGGAGGAACCUGCUCCCCUGAUCAUUCCCAAAGCCCCCCAGAGCACAAAGAGGGGACGUGGCGGAGCGGGAGGAUGAAGCAGAAUGAGACGUAGUGACGCCAAAAGUGACUGAGAAGUGCCAUUUACUUUAGCCGAAGUAGCUUGAAUUCUCCCUGUAGAGCCAGCUGGUUGGCUUGUGCAUUCUGACUACUUGUGCAAUAUGUUUAGUUUCUGUUGGUUCUUCUGUUAGCCUUCUCACUUUGGGAGGAAAACAAAUCACGAUAGGCUGAAGUUUUAUUGUAAUCGUGGUGGCCUCUGUGUUGUGUUAAAAACAAAGCAAAACAAAAAACCCAACACAGUAUCUGUGUUUAUACUUUCUCAAAAUUACUUGCCAGUAAUGAAAUGCACAGUUCUACCUUAAUGCAAACAAGUAAGCUGUCUUCAAAGCACAGCAACCUGCUUGUAACAUUCGACUUACGCCAUGUGAACCUUGUCUCAAUUAACAUGAAGAAUAUUACAGGAAGAGACUAAUUGUAUUGUUCUUCUUUUUGAAGAAGUGAUUUUGAAAUGCACAGCAAGAUUCUUAAAGCAAACAAACAAGAGAAAACAACAAAUCCCGUCCCACGAGUGAUUGUUUUCACACAAAAGCAAACGUCAGUGUAAUUGCUGGCACUGGA